AUGAGCUAUAAAACUUUUGUUGUAAAAAAAGUAGCAAAACACGUUUUAUCAAAUAAUCGUUCUAAGCAAAAUGCUCAAGAUCAAGAUACUCAAAACAUUAUUUCUUCUUCUUCAACUAAUCCAAAUGCUCAUACCAAUAAUAAUGAUGUCGGAGAGCAUGGCGGUGGUGGAGUUGGAGGAAAAAGGAAAAAGAAUAAGUGGAAAAUACCACCAAAUUUGACACAAAAAGAAGCCAAAGUUUUAAAACAUUUUAAAAAAAGAGCAUACUGUUAUGAUGUAUCAUGUUGUAAUUGUUGUGGAAUACAGAUUGGAUUGGAUCCAAUUAUAGCUGGUUAUCUUUGA